AUGGGCGUCGACGACGGCCACGGCCCACGCGCCAGCACCAAUGGCCCGCCGCCGCUCCCAUGCGUCGGCGUUGUAGUGGUCCCCGGGGGCUUCUCGAGAGAGCCAGCUCACGCGAUGCCAUGCUCCGUGGCGCCCAGUACCGGACAGAUGGGGGAUCCGUCGAGCUAUGCCGUCGCCGGCAAGCUCCUGGUCGCCGCGGCCGGGGCGCUCGCGGGCGUCCUCCUGGCCCUCGUCGCGCUGCACGCGUACAGCGGCGGCCGUCGCCGGCGCUCGCGCGACCGCCUCCGUCUCCUCCACGGCCUGCCGUCCAUCUCCGGCGGCGCCGUCCACGGCGGCGUGGCGGUGGCGCCUUCGCCGAGGGGGCUGGACCCCGCGGUGCUCCGCGCGCUCCCUGUGGUCGCCGCGGGCGACGGCGCCGGGGACUGCGCGGUGUGCCUCGCGGGGCUCGAGCGCCGGGAGGAGGCGCGCGCGCUGCCGCGGUGCGGCCACCGGUUCCACGUGGGGUGCAUCGAUGCGUGGUUCCGCGGGAACUCCACGUGCCCGCUGUGCCGCGCGGACGUCCAGGCGCCGGACGACGACGCCGAGGCCGAGGUGCGCGUAGACGUGGAGACGGGGGACGCCGCGGUCAAGGGCGGUGCGCCGGCGACGAGGAGGCUGUCGAGCGGCACGGAUCUUGACAAGACGAGGCGGGCCUUUGCGUCCACCCGAUCUGCUUCCUUCUGACAUGCAUGCUCGAGCCAAACAGUUUUGGGGUGUUUAUUCCAUCGGACCGUGAAUAUCCUCUUGUUGAUCAUGCUCGGCGUGUCUGGUCUCAAAGUGUACAAAUCUGGCAGAUAGAUAUUUCAUUGCUUGACAUCUUGAG